GGCGCCUGACGUAGCAGCUGGUAGUAGGGUGGGGCGGUUACGAAGCCUCAAAUGUAGGGUCCUCUGAGCGGCAGUCAGCCAUGGACUGGAAAGACGUCCUUCGCCGGCGGUUAGCGUCGCCUAACAAGAAUCCAAAGAGAAAAAAGAGCGAACAAGAAUUAAAAGAUGAAGAAAUGGAUUUAUUUACCAAAUACUACUCAGAAUGGAAAGGAGGUAGAAAAAACACAAAUGAAUUCUAUAAGACCAUUCCCCGGUUUUAUUACAGGUUGCCAGCUGAAGAUGAAGUCUUAUUACAGAAAUUAAGAGAAGAAUCUAGAGCUGUCUUUCUACAGAGGAAAAGCAGGGAACUCCUAGAUAAUGAAGAAUUACAGAACUUAUGGUUUUUGCUGGAUAAACACCAGAUACCACCUAUGAUUGGAGAGGAAGCAAUGAUCAAUUAUGAAAAUUUUUUGAAGGUUGGUGAAAAGGCUGGACCAAAGUGCAAGCAAUUUUUUACUGCAAAGGUCUUUGCCAAACUCCUUCACACAGAUUCGUAUGGGAGAAUUUCCAUCAUGCAGUUCUUUAACUACGUUAUGCGAAAAGUUUGGCUGCAUCAGACAAGAAUAGGACUCAGUCUAUAUGAUGUAGCUGGGCAAGGAUACCUUCGGGAAUCAGACUUAGAAAACUACAUCCUGGAACUUAUACCUACCUUGCCACAGUUAGAUGGGUUGGAAAAAUCCUUUUACUCCUUUUAUGUUUGUACAGCAGUUAGGAAGUUCUUCUUCUUUUUGGACCCUCUAAGAACAGGGAAGAUCAAAAUUCAAGAUAUUUUAGCAUGCAGCUUCCUAGAUGAUUUACUAGAGCUAAGGGAUGAGGAAUUAUCCAAAGAGAGUCAAGAAACAAAUUGGUUUUCUGCUCCUUCCGCCCUGAGGGUCUACGGUCAGUACUUGAAUCUUGAUAAAGAUCACAAUGGCAUGCUCAGUAAAGAAGAGCUCUCCCGUUAUGGAACAGCAACAAUGACCAAUGUCUUCCUCGACCGUGUUUUCCAGGAGUGUCUUACUUAUGAUGGAGAGAUGGACUAUAAGACCUAUCUGGACUUCGUUCUUGCCUUAGAAAACAGAAAGGAGCCUGCAGCUCUGCAAUAUAUUUUCAAGCUGCUGGACAUUGAGAACAAGGGGUACCUGAAUGUCUUCUCCCUUAACUAUUUCUUUAGAGCCAUACAAGAACUAAUGAAAAUCCACGGGCAGGAUCCUGUUUCAUUUCAAGAUGUCAAGGAUGAAAUCUUUGACAUGGUAAAACCAAAGGAUCCUUUGAAAAUCUCGCUUCAGGAUUUAAUCAACAGUAAUCAAGGAGACACAGUCACAACCAUUCUAAUUGAUCUGAAUGGCUUCUGGACUUACGAGAACAGAGAAGCCCUUGUUGCAAAUGAUAAUGAGAACUCUGCAGAUCUUGAUGAUACAUGAUCUCUGAAAGAAUGGACGACCUCCAUAAAGAUACCUGAAUGCUGCAUGCGAAACCUUGGAAGCAGAGCCCUUAGAAACAGUCUAAAUAAAACUCAUCACAUGCCCAUACAACACAGCAGAAAUCUUGCUUACUAGAGUUUUGGUUACAGUUGGAACAAUUUCAAAGUAAUAGCACCAACUACUUUUUUUUUUUUUUUUUUUUACAGAGUGGUUAAGUUCUGGUUCCAUUUAGCUCAGAAAUGGAAAGUAAGAUUUGCUGUAGCUAGGUGUUGAGUUAAUUUCUGGUGUUCGUGUAGGAUUAUAAUGUUUGUUCUUCAUAACUAUCCAGGAUGUUAGACUUUUUCCAUCAGAGUAACACCACUGCAUUUCUGGAGUUAGAAGCUUUGGAUGUGACUUCUGGGGUUGCUGUUUUGGUUUUUGAGACAUGGUCUCACUCUAUAGCCCUGACUGGCCUGGAACUUGCUAUGUGGACCAAAUUGGCACUCAACCUUGAACUCAUGAGCCUCUGCCUCUGCCUCUCACAUACUGAGAUUAAAGGUGAGUGCCACUAUGCCUAACUUUUUAUGUUUUUAAUUUUAUUUGUUUGUGUGUGGAUACCAGAACACACAUGGAGGUUAGUGGACAUUUUUGAGGAGUUGAUUCUUUCCUUUGCCUACAUGGGUUCUGAAGAUCAAGUGUCAGGCUUGCCAGCAAGUACUUGUACCCACUGAGUCAUCUAGCCCCACAAGGUCUUUAUUUUAUUUAUUUAUUUAUUUUUUUAUUAUUAUAGUGUUUCUAAAAAAGAAUAUUCAAGCAAAUAUUUUGUUUUCAUUAAAAAUCACAAGUAUGAAA